CCCUGAGCUAUUGAGAGGGACUCAGAGACCUGGGGACCCUGACCUGAGAAACAAACAGACCAGAACAGAGAGAAGAGAGACAGACAGACUAAUCGGAGAAUAAGAACAACAAUCUGCUGUAACACAUUGGGGAAAUAAAGAAGAAUAAGAAACAAGGAAAAAUACAAUUGAGCAAGAACUAGGUGAAGAGAUAGAAGGGGCAAUUACCACAGCUAGAGGAAGAAGGGCUGAAACACAGAGUGGUGGAAGAGAGACCCUGAAGAGACCGAGAGCGUGAGAGAGCAGAAGAACCACAUCUAGUCUACAUCUGUGUGUGUAGCUGUUUGUAUCCACCAUGUGGCUGCUGCUUAGCCUGUGUGUAUUCUGUCUGCUGGGGUACAGUGAGGGGCAGGACCGUGCCACUCUCUGGAGGGGGAAUGACCGCAGCGGGCACUGCCAGUACACCUUCACCGUGCCCAGCCCCAGCGAGACCAGCUGCUCCCCUACAGUCUCUGGAGGACCAGAGAUGGAGGGGCUCAAGGCUAGACUCAGCCUGCUGGAGGUAUUGGUGGCCAGGCUGACUGGAGGGGAGAUAGGGGGUCCUGGGGCUGGGUCCCAGUCCCAGGCUGGUCUCCAGGAGGCUCUGACCCAGGCUAUGGGAGAGAGGAUCCUGCUGCAGGGAGAGAAGGAGCGUCUGGAGAGAGAUGUGGAGGAGCUUCAGAGGAGGAUGGAGGAGAUGAGGAGAGAGACGGAGAGACUGAAGAGCAGACCCUGCUACCCACAACCCCCUCUGGUGCCACCCAACGUCCCGCUACAGGACAGUGGUCUGCGACCUGCUGGAGGUGAGUAACAACAUUCUCUCUGUCUGUUCGCUUUUCUACUAGGGUCGGAAAGUUCAUAAGAUUCCUGAUUAAGUGGUGCAAACGUUAAAGACAGACUGUGUUGUAACUGCAAGUGUUCUCUAUUCCCUCUAGAAGACCUAUUUUUGCUGCAGAUCAAGUGUCUUGUGGUUUUAUAGUGAGUCAGGAGAUUCUGCGUUAACUGGAAGAGCUGAGUAGAAAUGUGACGCACACACUCAAUGAUGAGGCUCUUUCCUGUAACAUAGUGGAUGCCACAGACCUGUGUAUGGGUGGGUGGGUGUGUGCGUGUGCAUGUCUGUGUUUGGGCAACACAAGCAAGGAUGCAGAAGUAGGGUCAGGUUUCUCAGCUAUCGGUCUGUUUUAAGGCGCAAAGGGAGGGAGAAGGUUAUAGAGGACAGGGUUACGACCAGAGCCUUCCCUAUGAUGGUGCUUCCCUGAACUUCCUCCUACAUUACCCGGCGGGGUGUAAUGUAGGGGGAAGUUCAGUCUCACCUCCAUCUCACCUUAGGUUUGAUGACGCUCCCCUCUGUCGGUGUGUGUGUGUGUGUGUGUCUUGUAAAACUGAGAUUGCCUUCAACCGUAAAUCCGCCUUUCCCAACGUCCCAUACACCACCUCCCUAUCCCAUUAUUCCAGAGCAGCCCUAUUGGAGCAGCCCUACUGGUCAGCUGUAUUGAAGCAGCCCUAUUGGAGCAGCCCUAUUGGAGCAGACCUAUUGGAACAGCCGUAUUGAAGCAGCCCUAUUGGAGCAGCCCUACUGGUCAGCCGUAUUGAAGCAGCCCUAUUGGAGCAGCCCUAUUGGAGCAGCCCUACUGGUCAGCCGUAUUGAAGCAGCCCUAUUGGAGCAGCCUUAUUGGAGCAGCCCUACUGGUCAGCCGUAUUGAAGCAGCCCUAUUGGAGCAGACCUAUUGCACUACAGCCCUAAAAGGAGUUCAUAUAUUUCCCUGCAUGGCACUGUGGCAUCUGGUUAGAUCCUCCUGUAAGCACCUGCAGGCUAAAACAUACAGAGAAAACGCUGGGGGAGCACCAUACAGCUCCAUACAAAUGGGGACACACACCCAGGGGACGGGCAUACGGAAAACAAAUCACAGCCAGAGAGAAGGAAACAUGACAAAGGGAAGAGAGGAGUAAAAAGUAAAACAAUUACAGUGUUUCCCCUAUAUUAAUUGAGCAGCGGUGCUGCCACUCCCAAAAAUAUGACAAAAUAAAAUAAACGUUCAAUAUUUCUUUCAAGACACGUUUUUAAAGGGAUAUUGCGAAAUGUUGGCAAUUAAGCCAUUUUUCGACUUACUCGGAUUCAGAUGAACUCAUAGAUACAUAGCAUGCGAGCUGUUCCCAUAGACUUCCAGUCAUUGCGCUAACACUAUUUAGCAAUGGCUCGCGAAACUACCUUCAAAUUCCUUCAAACUGCACGCAGAGACAUAAAAUGGUAUCCAUGAGUUAAUCUGACCCUGGGUAAGUAGAAAAAGGGCUUAGUUGCCAAAAUCUUGCACUAUCCUUUUAAGAUCAGAGUGACAAGUUACAACUAUAUUUGUAGCAAACUGAUUCAACAGUGGCUCAAAUGAGAGCCAUGAGCACACAGCCACCGCUUGCUCCUCACAAUCUCCCUACAGUGCAGUGGUGGGCAUCAGUUAAAUAUCAGAUGGUGUGAACAUAAUUAAAUGUUCAUGCAUUUUGGAGUAGAAUGUCCUUUUAAAAAGUCACCAGAAGUAGCCUUCUCUCAGUCAUUAUACAAAAAAAUCCCCCCUACCUUUGCCACCGCUACCAAAACAAAUCCUAGGGGAAACACUGCAAUUGCUGUGGAAGUGUGUGCAUGUGCGUGUGCUCGCAUAUGUGUGUUGAGGUAUGGUAAAGGGGUUCCUGGUUUUAACAGCCGUCCGCUCAACAAACACAACAGAAAUCCCCAGCUGAUCUCAGCUGAUAGAGCUCAGCUUUACUGGACCAGUUCAAAUACUGUGGGCUCUUUACUAGGUAAGAUUAAAACACCUAUCUGGCCCUAUAACAGGCCAUGCUUUAUUAAUGUCUCCUUUUAUUGUUUAACUCAAUGGGACUUACUGGUUAAAUAGUGGGUAGCUAGGGCUGGUCAGUCAGAAUUAGGCAUCUAGAAGAUGAGGUUGUUUCUGAUGGUGAACCAGGUGAACAUUGUGUCUGAAAUAUGAAGUGGGUUUCAUAUCGGUUUAAAAAACAUCUGUAGCGACUGACUCACCUCUGCCUAAAUAUAUUUUGUUACGUUAGUUUUCUAAUGGGUUAUGAAAAGACACCUUUGUUGUAGAAUAGAUGUUAUCAACAGCAGCCAAGCCAAGAGACCCAUGGUGAGCAUGACUGCAUCCAAGAACAACAGCUCUGCUACACAGCAACAUUCAGGUGGACUGACACGUGCUCUGAGACUGAGACUGAGGGAGGCAGAGCAGAGCAGCCUUCAACCAAAUAACUCUAAUAGCACAUGGUUAGAAGGGCUGAUUGGGCUGUCCUCAGAGAGCAUGCAUGUGUGUGUGUUCAUAUGUUUUGGUGUUUCAGUCUGGGGGUCUUGAUGUUCUGCCGGAUUUGCGCCAUCACACAUAACACACACACACAUGAACAAUAUGCACUUGUUUACCUGAGAUUAUGAAUGACCUGGCCCUCUGGGAACACUUAUGUAGUUCAGGGAAGCAAGACUCUCCCCCUCAUCCUCCCUUACCCCUCUCACCCCACCAGCCUCCUCUCCCCAUACUCAUCCACCCAGAAAGCAUCCUUGACCCUGGCCAUACAAGGCAUGAACAGAAGCAAACGAUAAUGGACAUUCUCAUUGGGCAAGUUCAGGCUGUACUUCCUCCAUUUCAAAACCCCUUUCUUCUGUUUUGUGCCUAUUGAACGUAGCCCUGGUCUCCCCCCUUCAAAUCCCACACCUCUCCUCCUCCUUCUCAUUCAACUUUACCCCAACCUCACCUCCCCUCUCCAUCAAAAGAGGAAAUCAAUAUCAGCUUCCAGAUGCUAAGACUAACAUGUGCUGCAUCAUUUUGGCUCAUUAGGAGCCUGUAAACUCUUCACACACAUGCACGUGCACACACACACAUGCAUUGUACCAUUACAAGGCUGUAAACACAUUAACACAUUAGCAUCCAUCGCUGUUGUAGAUCAGUCACAGCUGCUGUUUAUCAACAUGUCUGAAGAAACUAUCAAUUGUAAUGAUUGUCUGAGGGGCUGAAGGGAGCGGGAGAGGGUAUGGAGCAGAGGGGAUGGGGAGUGAUUGGUGAGGCUUGGGGGAGUGUUUGGCGUUGUUCCAGUUGAACUAAACUGGUAUGAGGAAUUGCUAUCUGUGGCAGCAGGGCAGGUGGCGGAGGGGCUCCAAGACUGAAGGUUUUGUGUGUGUCUGUGUGUGUCUGUGUGUGUCUCUGUGUGUGUGUGUGUGUGUGUGUGCGUGCGUGCGUGCGUGCGUGCGUGCGUGCGUGCGUGUGUGCACGUGCGUGCCUGCGUGCCUGCGUGCGCGUCCAACAGUCCGGCAGACUCCACAGUAGCUGGGAAUCCACUCAGGAGUGUUCUUUUCCUCUGCUUACAUUCCCUGCUGUCAGUAGUAUUGCCAGAGACCCCCCUCCCAGCACACACACACAGAUAUACCCCAUGGCUGGCUGAUCUGGGCCGCUCUGGCCUCAAUGGUCAUUGAAUAGUCAGGGUUGGUGCCGUCAGUCAGUGUGACCAUUGUGUGUGAUACUAAAUCCAGUAUGUAUUUGCAGGUGCUGGUGUUCUCUCUCACCUGGUUUCCAGACCUGGAAGACAAUGGGACACUGGCAGCCUGAGAGGUAUGGCGUCUUCUGUAAAACCACUGAGUGUGUGUUUGCAUGUUCGCGUACAUAUCUUAUUUCAACAGAAUGAAUAUAGCCUAAUAAAAAAGUAAAAGAAUAGGACCUCCAAUAAAAGUAGAGCAGUUAGGCCAUGAAGACAGUGUCCAGUCCAGUGUCAUGGACAGAUGUGCCAGGAGAUGCUCUGUCUUUGAAUGAGUCUUGGUUUGAUGCAGUCAUCCCACCUGCAGCUGGAAUGUGUCAGCAAUGUGUCGCAGGUAAUCUAUCAGGGGUCGAUUGUGGUAGUCCCCAACAAGCCGCUUUACCUUCUCUUGGCUAGUGCAGACUCUCUCUGGUGAUGGUAGGUUGCCAGCGAAGUACUGCUCCAGUUGAGGUUCAGUCAGAGCCUGUUGUUGUCGCAGGGCAUCGAUGAACUCCAGAACCGUGGGGUGUGUGGCACCAACAAGAUCCCUGAAGGCCUGAUGCUAGUCCUCCAGUGCCUUCCCACUGGGAACAGACUGAAAUGACGUGGAAAAUGUUUUGAUUCAACCACUGUGUGCCCAGUGGAUUGUUGGUCUUCACAAAGUCUUGCUGCUUGACAGCAUCGUAGUAUUUCCACAUUUCUGAAAUAUACGUAGAGACAUUAGACACCGUGCAAUGCUUUAAUACUGUCAUAAUAAUAAAUAUUAGGUCUAUAGGUACGUUUUAACAAAACGUACCUAUGGCAAAUGCCGAAGCUCUUCUGGUGACUUCUCCUGGAGAUGAUCUCCAGGGCCUAAUGAAUCUGAACUCAAAGUGCCACACAACAUCGUGCAGCUCCCGGCCCUGAGAGUAUGUGGGUAAUAUCAGCUCCUCCUUCUCUCCACAUCAGCCAGGUGGACAAAUGCUAGCGCAGGGAGUAUCUUGAGGUGGAGGGCGAAGGUGGGGUCACUGCGGUACCUUGAUACCAGCUCGUCAUGGCUCUGGAUAAAUUAGUCUUCCAUGUACCGCCAAAAGUUCUGGCUCAGAUGGAAGAAGGAACCCCGAAUUUGUACCUCUUGAAACCUUCAUAGCUACUGGUGCUAAGUCAGUCAUGAUAGAGUCUGGUUUCAUCUCAAGCUCCUCAGUGCCUCCAACACAAGAGUGUAAAAAGCCUAAAAAAUAUUAAAUAUAUAGGUAUAAGAUUAAUUGCAUGAUCAACUCAACAUUGCUGUAAAGCAUUAUGUUUUAUGAACCCUUCAUACAACAUCAAUAGUAUGCUAAUUGUUGAUGCUUACCUCAGAAUUAUAGGGCAGUAACAAAUAGGCUGCUGGAAUCACGGUUGACUGUCGCAGCCCCGAAAUGCUGUACAACUGCUGAAACAAAGGUGGGGCUGCUUUGAAUGAUCCAUCUACACACCAGGAUGGGGACUGGCACAGGAAAUCCACGUUGCAUGUCAUUGUGAAGAUAAGAAACCUUUCUGGUCCUGGUCCACUGUCAUGCUGGAGGAACAGCUCUCCACUCGCCGUGCCACCGUAGCUCUCGGGGAGGAGCAGGUCGGAGAGGGUCGGUACAGGGGCGCCUGGUUGUUCUGUAGGUCCUCCUGUUAAAAAGGCCAGGGCUUACUAAGACAAAACAAAAACACAACUGCCGAACAGGCAUUCACACGUCAGGGUCUCCAGUUCCUCCUUCAAAACCAGCCAACCCUCUACAAUCUCCGAUCCGUACAUGGCAUGGUUGUGUUCUCCCACCAUCUUGGUGAUACGCCCGGCUGUGAGGGUGAUGUGACCUUUGCACUUGUACUGAUCUUAACUGGUGCACUUCCAGAACCGCUUAUUUGUAGUAAAGCUAUCCUCUCUGUAAAUGUAGCCAUUAUGUGCCAGGACAAUGGUCCAAGGUUUGUUCGGGCCAGCAUCACCAAUGUCAUAGAGUUUCAUUGUAGCUCCUUGUUGGUGACCUCCCCCCCCCCCCCACUCCAGACCCAGUUUGGCAGUAUGGUGGUAAUGCAGGGUUCCAGGAGUUGAAGGCUGAGGUGACUGAGAUUCCUGCUCCUAUUCCCGAGGGCCCAGAGGACAGCACAGGUGAGACACACACCUGAACACACAGCUGUCCUGAACACACACCUGGAAUAUCAAAUUGUUAAUUAACCUGACGCGGUCCCAACAGCCCCAUUAUUAUUGCACAGUAACCCCCCCCCCCCACCCCACCCCUGUACAGCGAACCCACAGAAUACCAGGGCAAUAUCAAGGCAAAUAUCAGGGCAAAUACCAACACCAGAGCAUAAGAGACUGCAUGGGUUUGUAUAUUUAGUGCCUGACAGGGAGUGAGAUCCAUUGAAGCUCUCUGAACACACUGAGUGGCACAUCUAUGAUAAGAUUAUCUCCAUCAUACACGUUUACCUUGGCACAUUUCUGUUGCCGUUUCUGUCACAUCUUGAAAAAGACAAACGUCAAAAAAAUAAACAUGCUGAGAAGAAUAUGGUCCUCUGUAGCUCAGCUGGUAGGGCACGGCGCUUGUAACGCCAAGGCAGUGGGUUCGAUUCCCCGGGACCACCCAUACACAAAAAAAUUAAAAUAAAAUGUAUGCACGCAUGACUGUAAGUCGCUUUGGAUAAAAGCGUCUGCUAAAUGGCAUAUUAUUAUUAUUAUUAUGAAUGUGUGUGCUGGAAUAGUUCACAUCAGUGAUGGCUGUGCCUGUAACACCUUUAUAUUUAACCUUACAUCCAGAGAUACACCCUAACCCCCCCCCCACCCCCCACCCCACUUAUGUGCCUCACACACACCAUUCUGUCUUGAAUAUCCUAAAGGUAUUUUAGGAAAUUGUAAAUAUACAGCAGCCUGAUCAUUCUCUGAGUGAGAGACUUGUGGUGGAGGAUUCCUUCCUGCAUCUGAUCAGCUGCUGCUGUACUAACUCUGUACCACACACACACACUCAUCAGGUAUGUCAAACCAACACGCUGUAGACCUACUAUCUGUCUCUAAAGACAAAUUAUCAUCUCUCAUAUCUUUCAGCAGCCAUGACUUAUUCCCUCCAUCCCCCUAUCCAACAACAUGAUUUACUACAGAUCAUCUCUACACACACCUCUUCCCCCCUCUCUCUCCCUCUCCCUCUCGCUCUCUCUCUCUCUCUCUCUCUCUCUCUCUCUCUCUCUCUCUCUCUCUCUCUCUCUCUCUCUCUCUCUCUCUCUCUCUCUCUCUCUCUCUCUCUCUCUCUCUCUCUCUCUCUCUAUAUAUAUAUAUAUAUCUUACAGGGUGCAUCUCAAUAGUCUAAAGUAGUGUCCUCACCCCUGACACCUCUAACAACCCUGUCCCUCUAACUGCCCCCCAUCACCCCUUCUCUCUCUUAAUCUCUCUAACUGCCCUCUCUCUCUCCCUCCCCCCUCCUCUCUCCCAGGUUGUGGGGAGUUGAUAUCAAUAGGUGAGCCAGUGUCCCAUCGUAAGGCUGACAGUAUAGCUGGUAAAUACGGGGUGUGGAUGCAGGACCCAGAAGCUGUGGCGCCCUAUGGAGGGAAGAUGGUGUGGCGCAUUGAUACAGUGGGGUCAGAGGUCAGACAGCUCUUUGGUUACGAAGACAUGGAUCAGCUCUCUAAAGGCUUCCCCUCCAAGGUGGGUGACUGACUGACUGGCAUGGGAUAGUCCUAGAGGCUAACCUUAACCACAGAUCUAGGAUCAGAUUACCUUCUCCCUAACCAACCCUUAACUUAACCAUGAUAACAUAUUGAGGUAUAAUGUAAAGGGUGACCAUUGACCAGAAUGUAUUAUCAUGAUCUAUUACAAGGUGUUGCUGUUGCCGGAGCCAGUGGAGAGUACAGGAGCAACUCUGUACCGUGGCUCUCUGUACUACCAGCGCCGCCGCAGCCGCACCCUGCUGAGGUACGACCUGGCGUCUGAGAGCAUCGCCGCCCGCCGAGACCUGCCCCACGCCGGCUUCCACGGCCAGUUCCCCUAUUCCUGGGGUGGCUACACCGAUGUGGACCUGGGGGUGGACGAGAAGGGCCUGUGGGCUGUCUACAGCACCAACAAGGCUAAAGGAGCCAUAGUGGUGUCCCAGCUGGACCCACACAGCCUGGCAGUGAAGAGGAGCUGGGAGACCAGCAUCAGGAAGACCAGCGUGGCUAACGCCUUCGUCAUCUGUGGUCGUCUGUACACAGUGGCCAGCUACACGGCUCCCAACACCACCAUCAACUUUAUGUUUGACACAGCUACAGGCCAGGGAAAGGAGGUGGCUCUACCCUUCAGGAAUAAGUACCGAUACAACAGCAUGGUGGACUACAACCAUGCCCAGAGGAAGCUCUUCGCCUGGGACAACUUCCACAUUGUGUCCUACGACGUCAGGCUGGGCCGCCAGUAGAGGAGCUGAGGAGGCCUCUUCAUACAAACCAAAGACUUUCUCUUGUCUGUCCUUUAAAGACUGACAGCUUUAGAGCAACUAGUGUGGUAGUAAGUUGUUAGUGUUAUUCACCACCUUCAUCAAUGCACAGGCCUAGUAGUUACCGUAACUGGCCACAAUAGUGAUUGAGAUUUAAGAUUUUUCUAGCAAAUUGCAUUAUGAAUGGAACCCUCUGCAGGUAUCUUGUUUCAGUGGAAAGGCAUUUGCCGUGGCACGGUCCACAAAUAUGUUUAUAGAGGAAUUAGUUGUCUACUGUUUGGUCAUCAGAGUAGUGCUUUUAUUGUGUUUCAUGUAUAGUUUUGAGAAGUGGAUUGGGGGCAAAGCCAACAUUAUCAAGUCUACUGCUCUCAAACAUCCGUGAUCAUACAAGGUCUAAUGUGUGUACUGUGUUUAAAACUAAUUAUGUUCAGGGACAAACUUGCUGCUCUCUCUAGCUCAGCACGUAUUGAAAUAUUGCAUGUUCCUGUGCAUUGUACUUCUCUAUAUUAAAUGAUGUACAAAUUCAUACCGAGGUCUAAUAAAGGUUAUCUAUUCUAAACAAUGUUUAUAGUUUAUUAUCCACUCCACACACGCUCACAGAACCUGCCUCAGUAACAAAUCACACAUACAGUAUGAGUAUAGUCUUGGUUUGGAGUCUGCACUUUAGAAAGCAAAAAGUCUGUGUUCUUAAAACCCACAUAAUCCAGGUUGGACAAAGGACACAAUACAUCUUGAGUUCUUUCAGUUUAAGGAAAGCAGAUACCGUGCCUUCAGAAAGUAUUCACACC